AGUUAACAGAAAGACAUCAAAUUGCCUGACAGCCACAGGAUAACAGAUGGGAACCCAUGAAAGCCUGUAAAGAACAGGUCCAGCACACUCUACAGAUAGAACCAAUGGUGGGAGUCAAACCUCAGCACUGAAGAUGGGAGGCUGCCAAGCCAAGGUGACACCAUACCACUUCCAUCUCACCGAACGAAUGAUUUCAUUAUUCACAGCCAUUCACACUUAACUAGUCAGUUUCAUUCUAAUACCGUGCACUGCAUGGAGUUUGUGGUGCUGGAAAUUUGUUUUAAAAAAAAUCAGUUAUUUCUCUGGGAGCGACUCAUCUAAACCCUAAUUGUCUUAAGAGUGAACAUUUUCGCAGUAUGAGAAUAAACGCGAGGUGUAUGAAAUGUGCGUGACGUUGUGUUUUUUUCACUCUUGGGAAAGGAACUAUUUUCCUAAUUCGACAAACCGCUAACAAGUAAAACAUAGCGGGUAGUGAGGACAGGUGUCGCCAUCACUCCGACAGUAACGGUAGUGAAAUUAUCAGAAGAUCUAGCUCAGACUUGAUCUGAAGUUUUGGUGAUACGCCGUACUUGUCGGCUCGUCUGCGUUCGCUUAAUAAUAAUAAUAAAAACCAUUGAUUUAGUUUUAUUAUUUUAACAAAAUAAUAAAUAUGUGCAUUUUUCAAUUUCGCCUCACAGACUGUGGGUUGCAAUAUUUGCUAUUUAUAAUUCCCAGUAUAAUUUGUGAAAGGAGUUCAAAUAUUUAUGUCAAUGAAAGAAAUCAGCGGAGCCAACUGCAAUACUAAAGAGAAGCAUAGCAGAUGUUUUUCACCGCUCCUUCAGCAGCCAUUCCUUACCCAGAAUCCUCAGCAGCAAGCGGAAGUGACCAGGAGCUUUUGUAGACUGGCGCCGGCGUCUCGUCGUUUGUUAUGUUUGGAAGUGAAACAAGAACAGAUGCUCUUCUGUCAUUAACUGAAGUUUAGUUAGUUCCUUUUGUCAGACAGCUCCAUUGUUAGUUAGUUGCUACUCACCCUUACUUGAGUUGAAAGAUGAACGCUGACGUCGGGUCAACAAAAUAUUUUGAUAGCGUUUCAUUCGAAUGUGCAAUACCAAGUUCUGGCUGUGGCAGGAGCUACAAUGCUGGUUCUGAAUGCCCCACGUUAUGGUGUGAGAAAGGACAGGGGGCCCAGAGCCCCAGCAGAGGUGCUGAGAGUAUAGCAGACAUCAGGAUUGGUCCUGAAGAGAAGCUGUCCCAAUGGCAGACUGAAGUGCAAGCCCUAGAAGACAGUCAGCAGAUUGAUGCGUGUGUCCAGGCGCAGGUGCGCUGUGUAGCCCUAGCGAGGCUGGUAUAUGGAGACAUCCAUCUAAAAUUGGCUCAGGCCCAUGCCAGACUGGCCCAGUGUUACCUGCAGUUGAAAGGCUUGCCGCUGCAGGCUCAGGAACACGCUGCGAAGGCCCAGGCUAUCAUUCCGUUCUGUUCCCCUGAAGCAGCAGGCGAGGAGAAGGCAGAGGUGCAGGAAUGUUAUUUUACUGUAUAUUACACUCAGGGAAAAUCAGCCCUCCUUCUAGGCAAGCUGGAGGAGGCCGAGGUUAAUUUGGAAAAAGCCGACUUGGUUUUUGGAGAGCUCCAGCAGGUGGAAGGCAACAGGAAGCAAACAGAGUUUGACAUCGCCACAACCUUAUCCAGAUUAUACCGGCAUCAGGGCUGCCCGGGUAAGGCUCUCUGCCAGUGUGAGCGAGCACUGAAGCUUCACGAGGGACCCCACGCAGCCUGCGCUGUCUACAAGGACAUGGCCACCAUAGAGGAAGAGCAGGGCCAGCCCAACGCAGCGGUGCAGUACCUAUUGAAGGCAUACUCCCUGGUCCAGGAGGUGACCCCGGGUGGACUGGAGGAGGCUGACAUAUGUUACAGUCUAGCUGUGGCCUACUCUAAGUCCCAGGACCCCAAGUACCUUGACAGAGCUGCCUCAUUCUUCCAGCAGAGCCUGAGUAUCUACAGCAGGUGUCUAAGGCCAGGGGACCCCCUGACGCUCUCAGUGCAGGACAAGUACUGUCGGGUCCUCCUCCUCAGCGGCCAACAGGAGAGGGCUAUGAAAAUCCUGAAGGAGUCCGUGUCCCUGAAGAAGAGCACAUUUGGGGACCUGAGUGCCGAGGUGGCUGAUAGCCUGCAGCUGAUUGGUGGAGUGCAGAUGACACAAGGGGAAAUGAUGCAGGCCUACAGAACUAUGAGCAAGUGUCUGGAGGUUCAGAGCCUGCUGUAUGGUCCCCAGCACAAAAAGACUCGCGUCAUACAGCAAACUGUAGACCUGCUGUCCAAGGCUCCAGAAGUUGCCGGCAGACAUCAUAAGGCAGACAGAAUGAAACACAGGCCUCCUUUCUCUGCUGUGGUACCUUCUCAUCUUCCAGCAGGAGCAGCUCUCAGUCCAUCUGACUCUGAGCAUCUUAAAAAAAACAUCUAACUAAUGCCAAAGUUGCUCGAUGAUAAGUUCAAAAGGAAAGAGAUUGACUUUAACAUGUUUUGCUUAUGAUUCAAACUAACAGUGCUAUCCAUUUAAUAUUAUCUAAUUAACCUGGUAAGCAAAAAUAAACUGAAGACAGUUAGGAUUUGGUGAUGUUACAGGGAAAAUUACCAUGUGUUUAUGUAAGAGAACAGGUUUCAGACAGUUCUGCAGAUCUGCCUUAGUGUAAUAAAUACCUGUAACCACUGUGCACUUCUUGAAUACCAGAGACCCAAACACCAUAACACUGUAAGAUAUGUUUUAUUUGUACGACUGAUCAAUGCUCGAAGAAUGUAUAUUAUGUGGGGGGGAAAGAUUCAUCAUCCUUAUUUAGCCAACAAUGUGUGGCAUUUCUUUAGCACAUCAGGUUUUAGAAGCAUGUUACAGGGCAUGUACAUCUGGCCUGCUCAUUCAAGCCAAGCUAUUCCCAAUAACACUGUUCCUUCAAUCACUAGAGGUUUUGAGAUGUAUCACUAAUGUUAGAAUAAAAGAACAUUACAAGAAA